AUGUCUCAGCAAUCGAGUGAUGAUUCCCCCGUUUCAGACUCGGCAACACUGGAAGAGUCCUCUAACCCUAAUAGAAUUCUUAAGGUUGUCCCUUUAAGGACGAUUAGCAGUGACGAAGUAAAUGCCACAAAGCCUAAAACGACUCAUGUAAAACGGCCCAGGGAGGGUAUUCACAACAAGGGUACCAAAUCCUCAGCAUUUGCUACCAUGGAGGAACUUACUAAAGAAGGAUCCAAAUAUGUCGAUAGCGCAAUUACCAGGAUUGUCACUCGUAUUCUGAAGGAGAAUCAUCAAGUGCCUGGAAUAUCUAUUCCUCUUCAAACCAUAAUGGCUGAUCCCCUCAAUAACACCAAUAAGGUUGAGGCUGUUCACACCGUUGAUAGUGACCUAGAAAUCAACAAGGAUGAACAAGGGUUUGCUAAGAAUACCAAUGUUACCGAGGAUGUCAUUGACAUCGACAAUAAUGAGCACCCUAAGGCCAAUACUGAAACUGAUACUAAUGUGGUAGACUUAGAUGAGUACUCUGACGACGAAUUACUUACCUCCUUGAAUCCUAGUGUAGCCAACAUGCUAAUGACAAGAAGAAAAGGCAAAGCUGUUGUCCAAGGAUCUCCUAAAAGGAGCACUCAAGUAAACAACCCUGCCAAAGACACUGUCAGGAAGAAGAGUACUUCUGCAGGUCCUGUCAAGAGCAAAGCUGUAACCAAGAGUAAAGGGGUUGGUCCAUCAAAAUCUUGGAGCAGGGUCAUUCCAAAGAAAAGAAAGGAGCGGGAAAUUGUUGAGCCUGAAUCUGAUGUUGAAGUGAAUGUCCCUUACAUUCCAUCGAGGAAGAAGCCUACAACCAGUAAGCUUGCUGCUAGUAUUCCUGAAGUUCCCAUGGAUAAUGUGUCUUUCCACUUUGCCUCUAGUGCCUGCGGAUGGAAGUAUGUUCUUCUAAAGAGAUUGGCUGUUGAAAGGGAAUUGGCUCCAAAUGCUCUUGAAAACCAGGAGGUCUUAGAGCUGAUUCAAGAAGCUGGACUUCUAAAAGAAUUUGUGGUAAACCUAUCUGAAGAUUGUGGCAACAACAGGAGUGCAGACUACAGAAAGGUGUUUGUAAGAGGUAAGUGUGUAUCGUUCUCUCUUCUAUGA